AUGCUCAAGCAUAAAUUUGAAGCAUUUAGUCAAUUUAAGAAGUUCAAAAUGCUGGCUGAAGCUGAGAAGGGGACAAAGCUCAAGUGUCUUUAGAUAGACAAAGGUAGAGAAUUUAAUUUUGAUGAAUUUAAUUCUUUUUGUACUUCUUAGGGCAUCAAAUGGCAGUUGACUGCCCCCUACUCCCAACAGCAAAAUGGAGUUGUGUAAAGAAAGAAUUGGACAAUUAUGUCCUUAGUCCGGAGCAUGUUGAAGGAAAAAGCACUACCUCAAGAAUUAUGGGGAGAGGCUGUAAGUACGGUAGUUUAUCUUCUUAAUCAGUCGUCUACUCACAAUCUGCAGAUGUUGACCCUUAAUGACAAGUGGAAUGGCAAAAAGCCCUCAAUUUAGCAUUUACAAGUGUUUGGCUUAAUUGUUCAUGUGAAAUGCACUAAAUCUCCACAAAAAAAGCUUGAAGAUUGCAGCACCCCUAUGGUGUUCAUAGGCUAUGAAGUUAGCUCAAAGGCUUACCGCUGCUUUGACCCGGUCAACGAUACAGUCCAUAUCAGCCGAGAUGUUGUUUUUGAAGAAGAUGCUCAGUGGAAUUGGGAAAAAAGAGGUGAGAAUAUUCUUGAGCUCACAUUUUUUCCUAAUUUUUUCUGCUGACCAAGGGAUGGAUGAGCCAAUUGUCCUCGAGGAUGAAGAUGAAGAGAGAGACUCUGAGACUUAAGAGUCAUUUCCGGUCGCACACUCGGAUUCUGAAGAAAUUCAACCUGCAAGAUUCAAGUCCUUAGCUAAAUUGUAUAGUGAGACCGGCCCAAUACGCUAUGAGAUGGGACAUUGCUUGCUUUCUAGUGAUGAGCUUGUGACCUAUGCUGAAGCUUCAUGAGAGGAAGCAUGGAGGAAGGCUAUGAGAGAUGAGAUGGAAGCUAUAGAUCAAAGUCAAACUUGGGAGUUAGUCACAACCCCAACUAGUUGCAGGCCAAUUGGGCUUAAGUGGAUCUUUGAGCUCAAGAAGAAUGCUCGAGGAGAAGUUUUGAGACACAAGGCAAGACCUGUUGUAAAGGGUUACUUAAAGAAGCAAGGCAUAGACUAUGAUGAGAUAUUUGCUCCAGUGGUUCAAUUUGAGACAAUUUGUGUGCUGAUUACAAUUUCAGCUCAAAAUAGUUGGGCAUUACAUCAUCUAGAUGUGAAAUCUGCCUUUCUAAAUGGAGAUGUGGAUGAAGAGCUACAUCUCAAGUAACUUGAGGGAUUUAUUGUGAAGGAUAAAAAGGGUUGUGUUCUGAAGCUGAAGAAAGCCCCACGUGUAUGGUAUUUCAAACUGCAUAAUUGCUUAGUCUCACUCGGUUUCAAGAGAAGCAAACAUGAGUAAGUUGUCUACUUGAAGUCUUCAAAUAGAGUUCACUUGAUCAUCGAAGUCUAUGUGGAUGAUCUUAUUGUCAUAGGUGAGAAUGAUAGUGACAUUAGUGAGUUCAAAGGUCAAAUAAAACAUUUCUUUGAGAUGAGUGACAUCGGGCACCUUUGCUCUUAUUUGGGCAUUGAAAUGGUUCAAAAAGAAGCUUGCAUUACUUUGUUUUAGAGAACUUAUGCGCUAACAAUACUGGAUUUUGCAAAGAUGGGCGAUUGUAAUCCAAUGCAAGCUCCACUUGAAGCUAGAGUCAAAUUUAGUCAAUCAAAUUCAGGGCCAUCAGUUGACUCUACCUACUUUCGAAGCCUCAUUGGAAGCUUAAGGUAUUUGACUCACACCCAUCCUGAUUUGACAUAUUUUGUGGGAUUUCUGAGUAGGUUUAUGGAGCACCCUACUUCAAAACAUCUCACGGCGAUCAAGUGAGUUUUGAGGUACCUAAAAGGUACUAUUCACUAUGA